CUGUCCUCUCUCUCUUACGAUUUUGGCAGGCAGUGAGACGUUAAUCUCUUUCAACUGGAGCAGGUUCACUUCGUUUCCAUCCUGAGACAAGGCCAACAGGAGCUGACCUUGGUUGCCAUGAGCUCUGCCAUCACCAGCUGUGAGCACCUGGACCCUGUGAGGGGUGACGAUGUGCUCAACUGUCACGAUGAUGGCCAAGGCAGGAAGAAGGCUGGGCAGGCCAGGAGCUCCAGCAGCGGCCAGCCGAUCUAUAGCAUCCUGGAUGUCCCGCCGUGGUACCUCUGCAUCCUCAUGGGGAUCCAGCACUUCCUCACGGCCCUGGGGGGGCUCGUGGCCGUGCCGCUCAUCCUGGCCAAGGACCUGUGUCUGCAGCAUGACCCCCUGACUCAGAGCUACCUCAUCAGCACGAUUUUCUUCGUCUCCGGCAUCUGCACUCUCCUGCAAGUGUUUUUAGGAGUCAGGCUGCCCAUUCUCCAGGGAGGGACAUUUGCUUUUGUGGCACCCUCCCUGGCCAUGCUCUCCCUGCCCGCCUGGAAGUGCCCGGAGUGGACACUUAAUGCCAGUCUGGUGAACACCAGCUCUCCUGAGUUCACCGAGGAAUGGCAGAAGAGAAUCCGAGAGUUGCAGGGUGCCAUUAUGGUCGCUUCUUGUGUCCAGAUGGUAGUGGGAUUCUCAGGCCUCAUUGGGUUUCUCAUGCGCUUCAUUGGCCCCUUGACCAUCGCUCCGACCAUCUCCUUGGUGGCCUUGCCUCUCUUUGAUUCUGCGGGCAAUAACGCUGGGAUCCACUGGGGGAUUGCCACCAUGACCAUCUUCCUCAUCGUACUGUUUUCUCAGUACCUGAAAGACGUCGCCGUGCCCGUGCCUGUUUAUGGAGGAGAGAAGAAGUGUCACACAUCCAAGUUCUACCUGUUUCAGGUCUUCCCGGUGCUGUUGGCGCUCUGCCUCUCCUGGCUUCUCUGCUUCGUGCUCACAGUCACCAACACCCUUCCUUCGGCCCCCACCGCCUAUGGGCACCUGGCCCGCACUGACACCAAAGGCAAUGUGCUGAGCCAGGCUCCCUGGUUUCGCUUCCCUUACCCAGGACAGUGGGGCCUCCCCACCAUCAGCCUGGCUGGGGUCUUUGGGAUCAUUGCGGGGGUAAUCUCCUCGAUGGUGGAGUCAGUAGGCGAUUACUAUGCCUGUGCCCGGCUGGUGGGGGCCCCACCCCCUCCGAGGCAUGCUGUCAACCGUGGCAUCGGCAUUGAGGGUCUUGGCUGUCUGCUGGCGGGGGCCUGGGGUUCGGGGAACGGCACCACCUCCUACAGCGAGAACGUCGGGGCGCUGGGCAUCACCAGGGUGGGGAGCAGGAUGGUGAUGGUUGCUGCUGGCUGCUUGCUGCUCCUGAUGGGCCUAUUUGGGAAGAUUGGGGCUGCCUUUGCCACCAUCCCAACCCCUGUGAUCGGCGGCAUGUUCCUGGUGAUGUUUGGGGUCAUCACCGCCGUGGGGAUCUCCAACCUGCAGUAUGUGGACAUGAACUCAUCCAGGAACCUCUUUAUCUUUGGCUUCUCCAUCUACUGUGGGCUCGCCAUUCCCAGCUGGGUGAACAAGAACCCUGAGAAGCUCCAGACAGGGAUUCUCCAACUGGACCAGGUCAUCCAGGUGCUGCUGACCACGGGCAUGUUUGUUGGUGGAUUUCUGGGCUUUCUCCUGGACAACACCAUCCCCGGAAGCCUGGAGGAGAGAGGCCUCCUGGUGUGGAAUCAAAUCCAGGAGGAGUCUGAGGAGACUACGAUGGCCUUGGAGGUGUACCGCCUCCCCUAUGGGAUUGGCACCAAGUGCUGCACGUCCUCCUGCACCCAGUACCUCCCCUUCUGGCCCAAGCUGGAAGCCGGGACGGGUGAGCAGGCACGGAGCCUGCUCACCUGCCUCUUCCAGGAGCCCUCAGGAGAGUGCCGGAAGGGUGCCGCAGAAACCAAGUUAUGAGAACUGUCCUCACGCCUGCCCCAAAGCGCUCUGCACCCCCCGCCACGCGUGCUCAUCUCCCCGGGCGAGGAUGCCUGGGCCCCCGCAGCGGUGGCAGCCGAAUUAGUAUUAGAUUACGACCAUGACGAGGGUGAUUUGAUACAGUCACUUGGACACCACAGACUUCCAUUGCGCUCCAGCGAAAACCAGACUCCUAUCUUCAGCCUACGCCAGCGUAACCCAGGGUCCGCCCCGAAUCCGUCUUGGUCCACAUGUUCUCGGCGAUGUUUUGAUGCGCUGGGAGGCAGAGGCCUGGGGUGAACAGGGGACGGAGACGGGGCUGCUUGCUGAAAGGCGGCAGGAAUGGUUCUCUUCAAGCCCCUCUUGUCCUCCCUGUCCUGUGCACCUGCCCCUCAGGGCUGGCUCUUCAGGAGAGGCGAGGAGCACCUCUGCUCCUCCGGCCGCUCUGAGCUCUUGGUGCUCCCGCCCGCGUCGGGCUCAAGCUGUUCGGGAUGGAUUGUUCUUAACCCGCACGUUCUUGGAACCGGUGCACGGACUCUGGUUUAGGCUUCGGCUUGCUCACGUAGGCUGCGGAUGGAUCAGAACCCACUCCACCUGAUGGCCUCCUUGUUCCCUUAUUAACAGGCCUCAAGACUGCAGCAUUAACUCCUACCUGAGCUUACAGCUGGCUGCUCCGCCUGGCAAACUUCAGAUUUGCAGUCUCCACCGUUAAUACUUAAACCCAUCCCAGUACCGACACCCGUAUCCACACCGACACCUGUCCUCUCGGGGCUGCUUCUCUGCCAGAUGCAGCGCUGGCUGAUACGGGAAGAUAUCAUCAGUCAAGCCCCAGGAAGAUACCUGACCGAUGUGGAAGAGGCCUAGGUGGGGAGGAAGGGAGGACAAGUCCCAUCGGAGGGGGUUUCAAAGCAGCAUAUCCAUCCUGGGCUGCACGGUAUCCAGGGAGCCCUGCAGGGGUGGGGAGCAGAGGGCUGUUGGGGCUGAGGAGUGGAAGCGGGAAGGAAGGACACAGCAUUCCAUGAGGUCCAUGCUGACCAGGGCCCCACGGGCACAUAUGCUCCAGGAAUAAGGACAGAACAGGAGUGCGUGGGGGCUGUUUAGAGCCGGCAUGCAUUCCUUGAGGACCUACUAUGUGCGGGCACCUCUGUGAAGACUUAUUUCUCCUUUCCUACAUGCUGGCUUGUUUUUGACCUGGGGGAACUGGCUGGGGGUGGUUGUGGGCCCUGAAUGCCUGGGCGCUGGGGCCAGGAGCGUUCCUCUUCCCUUCCUUCCCAGCACAUGUGCGGGCAACCACGAGGAUGAAGGCCCUGCCUGCCCCCUCAUUUUGGCUGUUUAUAAAUGGUGCCAGCUACAGUCCUCGCAUAUGCUCCACAGGAGUCCUUGGAGGUGGGCUGGUGACAGGACAGAGGUGAGGGGUGAGCCCUGGGGCUGAGAGCAGGCAGGACGGCGCUUGGGUCCUAACACCUAACCUGCACGUCGGUUUCUUCCGGGCAGAUGGAACAGCCGAAGUAUUUGGGAGGCCUUCAGGGGAGGGGAGCCGCUGUCGUGAUGAGGUGAAACUUUAAAAAGCCAGGGAACCCGUUCUCCGCACAUUCAGUGGAUUAGUCGGGGUUCUCCAGAGAAACAGAGCCAACAGGAUGUAGGACACGUGUGUGCACACACAAACGUGCCCACACACUAUAUACAUGUGUGUACACACACCUACACAGAGAGAUGUUAAGGAAUGGGCUCGUGUGACCGUGAAGCUGGAAUGUCCGAAGUCGGCAGGGUAGGCUGACAGACUGGGAAGAGUUGCUGUUCGUGUCUGAAGACGCUUCCCUCUUCCUGGUGGGAGGUCAGUGUUUUGGUCUAUUCGAUCCUUCAACUGAUUGGAUGAGGCUGAGCCAUAUUAUGGAGGGUAAUUACUCCAAAUUUACUCAAAGUCUACCAGUCUAAAUGUUUAUCUCAUCUCAAGAUACCUUCACAGAGACAUCGAGAAUAAUGUGUGACCAAAUAGCUGGGUACCGCAGCCUGGUCAGGCAGACACAUAGAAUCUACUGUUACAGCCCGUGUGCACACCCAGGAACCUCACCAGAAAGCACUCAGAGCACGGUGGGAUCUGGCCUGAACUCCGUUUGGGAGCCUUUAUCACCAGAAGAAUCAGAUGAAGCUGGUUCUGCCCUGAUGUCUUACAGCUCCAAUAGCACAGGCCUGGUCACCGCCUUCCUGGGUUUCCAGAGUGGCCUUCAGAACUCUCUAGAACCCACCAGAACUAUGCCCUGAACCCAGCAUGUGCUGAAAGCACCUAGUGUCAUGGCACCUCUGGGGACAGAUCCUGCCCGGCCUUUCUCAAAAGGCCCGUGGCCUGGGCUUCGGCCAGGCUGCACCCAGGAGCCCCUGAAUAGGAGCACAGGAGGGGCAGGCACGUACCUCGCAGCCCGCCAGCCACGUAUGCUGAACAACCCUGAAAGACUGACACAGGGCCACACUACUUUGAAAGACUUUAUAAUAAUAAUCAGAAACUGAAACCAUCAAAACACUCGGGGACAGCCACUCCGAAAUGUCCUGGAAGGGGGAAGCGGGUACAGCCUCGGCUGCCAGCAUUAGUACCUGGAAACUGCCCACCUGGUCCAUCCCCUCCCGUCCCAGCCCUUCCACAUCACAGGUCUUCAUCUUCGAAGGUCUCCAUGCACCUCAGCAUCAGCAUCUCCUCGUCAGUGGCGAGGUCUGGCUCCUGCAAAACACAGGGCGAAGAGGAUCCAUGUGUCUUUCAGGAAUCCAGGCCCCAGGGAGGUGGGACGGCCCCGGCAUCCUCCCCACAGUCUGCCCCAUCUCCUGCUGCAUCUUCUUCCAGGCUCCGGAAGGAAGGGCUACCGGGGGGGAGGGGGGAAGGUCCCAUUUCUGUUUCACGCAACUCCACGCUCUAGGAUCUUCAGAAAGGGUUUUCCUGGACACAACAGAACUGGCUUCUUUUCCAUCCUGGACAUUUCCAGCAUCCCAUAAGACAGAGUGAGUGGCCUUCAGAACUCCCUAGAACCCCCCAAAGCUUGAUCCAAAUGCCCAUCCAUGGAGGAUGGUGAAUGACACCACGACGUGCCCACCGAGCGAAUACCACGCAGCUGUUUGAAAUCAGGAAUGAGGUCAUUCUCCGUGGGAUAUACUGUUUAAAAAGAAAAGAA